CAGCACAUGUAAACACGUUGGUCGACACGCUGCCAUUAGCGACCACUCGAGCAGUCGUCGGCUCCACUAACUCCUUUAUACAUACUGCAUGUAACAUAAAGAAGAGGAGAAGAAGUGCUUAGAAGGACAUCAGUCAUAAUAAGAAGUUGUCCAAAUUAUCACACCCGGUCGUUAUUUUAUAAAAACAAAGCAAAAUGCAGAGUGAUGAUAUAACAUGGAGUAUCAUAAACAAAACUUUUUGCUCAUUUAAAAUUCAAACAAAAAGCCAAAGAUUUUGUAGAAAUGAAUACAACCUAACAGGAUUAUGCAGUCGUAGCUCCUGUCCUCUUGCAAACACACAGUAUGCUACUGUCAGAGAAGAGAAAGGCAUUAUUUAUCUAUACAUGCGUACUGCUGAAAGGGCCUUUUUCCCAGCUAAACAAUGGGAAAAGGUAAAGUUGUCACGGAACUUUGUGAAAGCAUUGCAGCAGAUAGAUGAAAAUCUGGUCUUUUGGAAGAAAUACUUUCGUCAAAAAUGCCGUCAGCGCCUGCUCAAAAUCACACAAUACCUGACUCGUAUGAGAAAACUUAAACUAGGAAGACAGAAGAAGUUGGUCCCAAUAAAGCGUAAAAUUGACUUACGUAUCAAAAGACGUGAAGAGAAAGCUCUUAUUGCUGCUAGGAUUGACAAUGCAAUUGAAAAGCAGCUUCUACAAAGGUUGAAAGAUGGAACCUAUGAGCGCAUUUACAACUUUCCUCAAGAAGCGUUUGAUGUUCGAGUUGAAGAGGAAGAAGAAGAAGAAAGUGAUAUUGAGGAGGAAGUAGUGAAUGAGAAUGAGGAAGAAAUUGAGACUGAUGAGGAUGUUGAGCAACAACUAGAAAAAGAAGUUAUGGACGAAGAAAGACGAGAAGGGAUGGAUAGUGAUGAGGAGGAGGAAGAUGAGAGUGAGGAAGAGAGGGAGUUUAUUGGGGACUUUGACGAAAGUGAAGAAGAAGAUAUUGAUCUAGAGGAAGCAGCUAAUAAUCUGGCCUUAAGCUCUGAAGAGGAAGUUGACCCUGCUGAUGACAGUGAAGACCAAUCAGAAUCUUCUCCUCUCAAAAACAAGAAGAGAUUACGAAAGGAGAGCAAAGUCCCGAAAGUUAUCAAACGUCGAGGUAAAGCACGCUUGGAAGUGGAAUAUGAAGUACCAGAAACAUCUACUAAAGUCAAACUUGCAUCUUGAAGAAAUAAUUUUAUAGCAAUACAAACUUGUGUUCGAAUUGAAAACUAUUAAUUUUUUUUUUUUUUUAAUAUAUUCAUGUAUUAUAUAGAAACUUACAUGUAUUACUGUUAAAUAAAUAAAUGCAUCAUUAUAUCAAUUGGUAUAAUAUAUGCUAAAUCUCAUCUGUAAGUUAAAAAUAGAACAUUACUGUAAAUUGAGAUAGCUUAUAUACAUGUACUGUAUUUUAAGAAACUUUCCACCUUCUCAA